AUGGUACGAAAUGUUGAAAAUCUCGAUAAAUUAGUCGAUCAGCUAUGUAAUGAUCUUGACAGUAUCAACUCCUCUCUUUUGGCCCCUUGGCAAAAACUUGAUGCAAUCCGGACGUUUAUCCAACCAUGUUUAACAUUUGCUCUUCAUGCUGGUGAACCACUCAAAUCAUCCCACUUCAACUAUCGAAAGAAACUGGUUGAAGUAGUCAGAUCCAUCAUGCAUCUUCCAACUCGUGCAUCGUCCUGUAUUAUAUUUGCAUCCCGCAAAGUGGGUGGUCUAGCUUUCCAAGAACCCUUGGUUGAGGUGGAUAUUCAAACUGUGGUACAGGCGAUCAAAAUGGUGUCCUCAUCUGAUCCGUUCGUGUCAUCUAUAGCCAAAGCAGAGUUAUGGUCAUCAGUACGAUUUGCUGCUCGUGAUAAUCCCUCUCCCUCCCUAACUCGUGACUUCCUGUCAGGUUCAAUGAGAGGUAACUUCCAUCCAAAUCGCAUAAGAUACCGAACACAUUCACUGUGGACUCGUACCAGAUCAGCUUGCCAACGCCUAAAUAUUUCAUUUGCGGUCCCGGAUAAUGAUGAACCAGUGAUAUCGACCAAAACCAGUGGCCCCCGUCGUGCUAAAGUUGGGUGUUCUUUCCUUCACCAUCUUGCUCAAGAAUGUGCUUCCCAAAAAUUACUCGAUCUACCAGACCAGGAAAAACAGCCCGAGCUAUGA